AGGCGCGAAGCUGUGGACCGGUGCUGGUCUGAGGUGUGAGGGUGGCGGCCAUGGCGGCGGUGCUGUCCGCCGCCGCGCUGGAGCUGCUCCUGCUCCUCGGGGCUGCGCUGGGCUCUGCGGGGGCCACGGUGUAUUUCCAGGAGCAGUUUCUGGAUGGAGCCAACUGGAGGAAGAGGUGGAUGAAUUCUGAGUACAAACCAGACUUUGGGAAGUUUAAGCUCACUGCAGGGAAGUUUUAUGGACAUCCAGUGUUAGAUAAAGGUCUACAAACUAGUGAAAACUCUAAGUUUUAUGCCAUCUCAUCACGAUUUAAACCAUUUAGUAACAAAGGGAAGACUCUGGUCAUUCAGUACACAGUGAAGCAUGAGCAGAAGAUAGAUUGUGGUGGGGGGUAUGUUAAGAUUUUUCCCUCAAACUUGGACCAGAAGAAGCUGAGUGGAGAUUCACAUUAUUACAUCAUGUUUGGGCCAGAUAUUUGUGGAUCUGAUACAAAGAAAGUCCAUGUUAUUUUAAAUUACAAGAAUAAACCCCAUCCAAUCAAGAAACUGAUCAGAUGCAAGGUUGAUGGCUAUACCCAUCUAUAUACUUUGAUUAUAAGGCCAGAUCAGACUUACAAAGUAAAAAUUGAUAACGAAAUGGUUGCAUCUGGCAACUUAGAAGAUGAUUUAGAUUUUUUGCCACCAAAGAAAAUUAAUGAUCCAACAGUGAAGAAACCAAAGGACUGGGAUGAUCGAAUCGAAAUUGAUGAUCCAAACGAUGUCAAACCUGAGGAUUGGGAUGAACCUGAAUACAUCAUGGACAUGAGUGCAGAGAAACCUGGAGAUUGGGAUGAUGCUGCGAAUGGAGAAUGGCAUUAUCCUAGGGUCAAGAAUCCUCUAUACAGAGGGGAAUGGAAACCAAGGCAGAUUGAUAACCCAAAUUAUAGAGGAGUUUGGCCUCAUCCGCAGAUUGACAAUCCAAAUUAUUCACCAGACUACAACAUCUACAGCUUUGAAAAUAUUAGUGUCAUUGGACUAGAUAUCUGGCAGGUGAGAGCUGGCACAAUUUUUGACAACUUCUUAAUAACAGAUGAUGAGGAAUAUGCAGAAGACUUUGGUGAUGAAACAUGGGGAAAAACAAAGGGUCCUGAAAAGGAAAUGAACAUAAAGCAGACUGAGGAAGAGCAGGCAAGAGAAAGGGCUACGGAAGAAAAAUACUUUGAGCAACAGUUUAAGAAAAAGCUAGCGAGAAAAACACAACCUGGAAAGGGCAGAGCAGAGAAGACUGUCACCAAGGAAGAGCUUUAAUUGGUGUUUGAAAGAAGUUCACCUAUUUUCACUUAAAUCACUUAGGAAUGUUUUCACUGAAGGAUUUUGAUGUUUGUUAACAGCUUGUUGAAAUCUGCACCAGUGGCGUUGUAUUAAAACAGGAUUCUUUAAAAAUUCAGCAUUAAAUUUUGUGACCAGUUUCAGUUUAAUAAAAAUACCACGACAGAGUUAAAAUA